CUUGCUUGAGGAAGAGCAGUGAAUGCUCCACUUCUUUUUGUGGAAAUCGAGUUAAUAUUAUUGCUUUAGCCUAAACCUGUUUCAUAUAUACAUUUGAGGAAAUGGUGGUUCACUAAUCAAAAGUAUGCUUUUUGGUGGUCCCAUUACUGAAGAAAUAAUGGGUUGAUUGAUUUAAAUUUUAAUCAGUCGUUUAAAUAUAGUUUGUCUUUCUGAACAUGUGACUUUCUGAACAAGUGAUUUAAACUCCGAAUAAAAGAAGAUUUCCAUUUUAUUUUUUUUACCAACGAUUUUUUUUGCCUAUUUAAUUUUUAUUCAUUUGUAGAAAUGGUAGAUGCCAUGAAGAAGGUAGCAAAGCUUGAUGUUGAAUUGACAGUUGAGGAGCGGAAUUUGCUGUCAGUUGGGUAAAAGAAUGUGAUUGGAGCUUGAAGGGCUUCUUGGAGGAUUUUAUCAUCAAUUGAACAAAAGGAAGAUGCAAAGGGGAAUGAACAAAAUGCAAAGAGAAUAAAAGAGUAUUGGCAAAAGGUUGAAACAGAGUUGUCUAAUAUUUGUAGUGACAUCAUGGCUGUAAUCGAUGAGCAUUUGAUUCCUUCCUCAUCUGGCAUUGAAUCCACUGUGUUUUUCUACAAAAUGAAAGGGGAUUACUACCGGUAUUUGGCAGAGUUUAAGAGUGGCAGUGACAGAAAGGAGGCUGCUGAAGAAUCUUUGAAAGCAUAUCAGGUUGCCAAUACAUCAUCUGAGUCUGAUUUACCACCCACACAUCCCACCCGUUUGGGUUUGGCAUUGAACUUCUCUGUUUUCUAUUUUGAAAUCAUGAACUCUCCAGAAAGGGCUUGCCACCUUGCUAAGCAAGCAUUUGAUGAAGCUAUCUCUGAGUUGGAUAUACUGAGAGAAGAAUCUUACAAGGACAGUACGUUGAUUAUGCAGCUUCUUAGGGACAAUCUCACCCUUUGGACUUCUGACAUCCCAGAGGAUGGAGGCAAUUUCUCUUCU